AUGAACGCCAGCAGGAGGACGGCAAUGGCUCUUCCAGCACAGCAACAGCACAGCAGGCGGCUGCUCGCCUCCUGGCGUGAAGACAAUAUCAAGAUCAAGCGGCACAGCUCAGCCCCACCGCCCAAGGUUCGCAGCACCACGACCUCAGCACAGGCGUCGUCGACCGCAACCGCCGCUUCUUCUUCUUCCGCCGAAACGUACGACCAGCUUAGCUUCCCGAUGCCUACCUUCUCCAAGGCCCUCAAGGUGAUGGAGAACGAAAGCUACACCCUCAGAUCGCAGGCGACAGGCCGCCGCUGGAGGGCGGUCAGCUCCUCCAGGGAAUGCCAGUUCGGAGAGGUGUUGCGUGCUGUUGAGGUUACAGACGAAGAAGCCGCGGCAUCAUCGCCAGCGUACUUCGCCAUCAAGGAGCUCAACUUGGACAAGCUGCGAGAGGUGCAGGGCAGGACAUACGAGGAUCCGCUGCGGGAAGUGGCCGCUUUGCAGUUCCUGUCGAGCCACCCGAACGUCCUUCCUUGCACCGAGGCACUCUGGGAUUCGGACAGCAUCUACAUCGUCACGCCGUUCUACAGCGGGGGCGAGGUUUUCGACGCGCUGACGGACCGGGGUCGGUAUGAGGAGGGCGAGGCGCGACCGCUGUUCCGCCAGGUGUUGCACGCGCUUCGCCACCUCAAGAUCCACGGGGUCUGCCACCGGGACGUGAGCCUUGAAAACCUGCUGCUGGACGAAGGGAACACCGUGAAGCUUGUCGACUUCGGGCUGGCUUUGCGCAUUCCUCAGAAGCCUGACGGCGGGGCCAGGGUUCUCCUUCCCCAGGGCCCCUGCGGCAAGCCGUUCUACAUCGCCCCGGAGGUCUUGUCGAGCUCGGUCUCGAGCGGAUUCGACGGGUUCGCCGUGGACGUGUGGGCGUGCGGCGUCCUGCUCUUCGUCAUGCUGACAGGAGUUCCGCCGUUCGAGAUGGCUCUUCCAUCCCAGGAUCAGCGGUGUCAGAUCGUGGCCGUCGAAGAGAGACUCGUGGACCUUCUGUCGGCGUGGGGGAUCUCCUUGUCACCGGAGGCUGCGGGUUUGAUCCAGUCCUGCCUGCGCCAUUCCCCCGCGGAACGGCCCAGCGUCGAGAAUCUCCUUCGUCACCCCUGGAUGAAGGCUUCGUCGUGAUGAUAUCCACCUGACUUUACUGAUGAUGGUCGGCCAGGCUUGAUACUGCUGUGUAUGUCCGAGUAACCCCUUUACCCGAUCACUCCCGCCUCCUUCUUGUACGAAAACGCCUCCUCCAUGGUCGGAAAAGAAGGAAGUGAAAAAUGUGCGUCUUAGCUUGGUCUUAAGAGGGGGGGUGUGCGCGUGUUUUUUUUUGGUGUGGCUGCGGUUGCGGUUGUUGCUUCUGGGAAAGGCUGGUGCGCAGAGCAUAAACGUUUCUGCUGUUGGUUGGUUUAGGGCACGCGGGGUGGCAGGGUGCGGAGUGUAAGCGAAGCACAACAUACGGUCAAAAUGAAGCCAUGGCAGGAUAGAAGUAUGCAGGAUGGUUGUUGUGUUGAUAGGGGGGAGGUACCGCCCAUUUUAUUGCGAGUCGCGGUGUAGUACGCGCGUUUUGUUUCUCGUGCGCGGAUGGAUUUGCCGCUCUUUCAGGCGCACGGUCCACUAUUAGUGGUGGGUUUACACGGAUUUUUUUUUAUAUUUUACGCGGUUUUCGUAUUUGUGUUUUCUCAACAAAAAAAAGUGGGGGUUGUGUGUCGCAUUGUGCUGUGGAGGAUUCUUGCUAGACUUUUGAAGGACUCUGUGCGUGUUGUGAAGGAUUUUUUGUUUUUUCGUUUGUUUCGUGGAGUAAAUUUGCGUGGGUUUCGAGGGUGUUGCGUGGUUUGACUGUCUUGGGGGAGAGCAACCGGACAAGUAUACAAGGCCGAAGCGAAAGUAGGUUG